AUGAGUUUUAAAGGGUUUACAAAAGCUAUUACAAGAGCCCCUCAGCAAUUUCGUCAAAAAAUGCAUAUGGGUCAUGUAACAAGUGACCCAGUGUAUGAAGACGCUGAACGUAGAUUUAAAGAAAUAGAACUGGAAACCAAAAAAUUAAGUGAAGAAAGUAAAAGAUAUUCUAAUGCAGUUAAUGGAAUGUUAAACCACCAAAUUGGUUUUUCUAAAGCUAUAGAAGAAAUAUAUAAGCCAAUCAGUGGGAAGAUGAGUGACCCUAAUUCUACGGUUCCUGAAGAUAAUCCUGAGGGUAUUGAUGCUUGUGUUCAAUAUAGAGAAAUUGUUGCCGAUUUACAAAAAACAUUGAAGCCAGAUUUAGAUUUGAUUGAUGAAAAAAUUGUCAAGCCAGCUCAAGAACUAUUGCGUAUUGUCAACGGGAUUAGAAAAAUGGCCACUAAAAGAGCACAUAAACAACUAGAUUUGGAUAGACGUUUAAAUACGGUCAAGAAAUAUGAGGAGAAAAAGGAGCCAUCUGCCAAAGAUGAGGAAAGACUAUACAAAGCACAAUGUGAAGUUGAAGCUGCACAACAAGAAUUUGAUUAUUACAAUGACAUAAUGAAGGUCCAAUUACCCGAAUUAUUUUCAUUGCAGAAUGAAUUUUUAAAGCCAAUGUUUGUUUCAUUUUACUACAUGCAAUUGAAUAUUUUUUAUACUUUAUACACAAAAUUCCAGGAUUUACAAAUUCCAUAUUUUGACUUAGAAAGUGACAUUUUAGAAGCUUUCCAGGCUAAAAGAGGUAAUGUCGAGGAACAAGCAGACGCUCUAUCUAUAACUCACUUUAAAUUGGGCUAUUCAAAGGCCAAGUUGGAAAUGACGAGAAGAAGAUUUGGUAAAGAUAGCGAAAUGGCUUCUCCGAACUCACCACUUUCUCCCGGGUAUACCGGUUUAAACGAAGAGGGUGGGUAUCCUGCUGCUGGUACUGCUCCUACUUACGGUGGUGCUCCUGUUUAUGCAGGUGCUGCUGGCACUGCGCCACAAGGUUAUCCUGGCACUGCACCACAAGGUUAUCCUGGUACUGCACCACAAGGUUAUCCUGGCACCACACCACAAGGUUAUCCCAAUGAAAAGGCUUAUUAUCAACCUCAACAGCCGGCUGCUGGUGCUUUACCAGGAUACGGUGGUAUUCCUCCUGCUACUGCUGCUGCCGCUGUUACUGCUGCCAAUCCUGCUACACCACAAGGGUAUCCCAAUGAAAAGGCAUAUUAUCAACCUCAACAACCAGCAGCUGGUGCUGUCCCAGGAUAUACUGGUGCACCAGCCGGUGUAGCUGCUACUGCUGCUGUUGCACCACCUGCCUAUAGCUCUCCAGCCUCACCAUCUGCUCCAGCGGGUGAAACUUGUACUGCAUUGUAUGAAUAUCAGGCGCAAGCUCAAGGUGAUUUAAGCUUUCCAGCAGGUGCCGUUAUCCAAAUUAUACAAAAAACGGCAGAUGCAAAUGAAUGGUGGACUGGUACUUAUAACGGACAAACUGGUGUUUUUCCAGGUAAUUAUGUUCAAUUGAAUAAUUAA